AUGACGGUGGUGGAAGAAAGAGAGGCAGUGUUGGCAUGUAGUGACAAGAACAUGAAGAUAGGGGCGACGAUGUGGGACUUGGAAACAGGAGAAAAAUUGUUUCACAUACCAACAUGUGCCUCGCCACCUUUUGGCUUCUUGUGCUUGAGAAACCGUUUCCUUGUGGCGUCUCAAUCAAACAAACUCGGGUCUGUUGGCGACGGAGCCAUUGCAAUUUGGUCUUUCAACAAGCCUCAACAACCACUUUUGAAUUACACGGUGGAGGCUAUUGGGCCACUUUCUUGUACAAAUGAUGGCAUAUACCUCGUGGGAGGAGCUUUGUCCGGAAAGGCAUAUCUUUGGGAUGUGACCAAUGGAAAAUUACUGAAGACUUGGAAGGCUCAUAAUAAAUCUUUAAAUUGCAUGCUAUUUUCAGAUGACAAUUCUCUUCUUUUUUCUAGUUCAUCUGAUGGAAUGAUAUGUGUUUGGCCCAUGAUUAGUCUAUUAGAUGUAGAAGAUACAAGAAGCUCGCCACCUCCAUUGCAUUGUUUUUUAGGGCACAUGUCUUCCAUAACUGGGCUUUUAACUACACCAAAUAGUUACUUAUCAAGAUUAGUAUCAAGCUCCCUUGAUGGCACAUGCAAGGUUUGGGAUUUUAUCUCUGGAAUGCUUGUGCAAACUCACGUUUAUCCUUUUGCAAUAACUUCCAUCACCCUUCACCAAAGGGAAAUGCUCUUAUUUUGCGGAACAGAAAAGGGAACAAUAAUUGUUAACAAGCUUGAUGUUGGUCAGGAAGAAGGUUUUUCCAUUGUCAAUGAAAGCCAACAACCACUUGAAUUGAAAGGACACAAUGGAGCCAUUACUGCCUUAACCUCUACUCGAGCAUGCUUAAUAUCUGCCUCAGAAGAUUGUUCUAUCUGUGCUUGGGAUAUCUUUAGUUGGAAAAGGAUUCAAAGGUUCAGUAUUCAAAAAGGGAAAGUAACUAAUCUUGUGAUAGUUUCACGGUCCUCGUUGCUCCCUACACCAAACCACCGAAGAGUCCCCAAUCAGUAUCAUGUUUCUCAGCUUGAAAAGUAUCCCCAGCUAGUCAACUCAUUUAAGGGAACUACCACUCUUCUUUCCUUACGUCCACUCUACACAGGAAUUCAAACCGACAUUGAUAUGGAAAGUAUUGGUUUAUUGAAACAAAAGAUUUCUAGUUCACAGAAAGGAGAUCUGCCUAUGGCCAUGACAAUGCAAAUGAAAAUGGAAGCAAAUGUAGAGAGUCGAGUAUUGGCGACAAACAUGGCAAAGCAUGUUAUGGUGAUAAACAAACAAUUGCAGUCAAAAUUAUUGGGUAUGAUGCAACACAGAUUGUUUCGUACAAACAACAUUAACUUGCCAAAAGCUAGUAGAAAAAAGUUCAAAAUUCAAAGUCUAAUGCAGGAAGAGGAAAGUCAUAAACCUUAG